AUACUCAGCAACGAUAAUCCCACCAUCAAUAGUUAUCAAUAACUUAACCCUAUAAGAUAUCACUACUUGCCGACCCAAGCUGAAACCCGCCUUUCCUAGGUCUGAUGUCGAAAUCGACUUCCCAAAUACCCGAAUCUGAAGACGAGAAUAUCUAUACCCAAAUAUCUCCUUCAACCAUGAACAACAACUACAAUUCAUUUGGCUACCUCCAAAACAACUACGACACAAACUCCCCCCCGCCGGCGCCCACCUCCAAUGAUGCGCAUUUCUUGCCCGACUUUACUGGAAACCCCAAAGAUUAUGGUGUGACCAACAACCUGUUGAAUCCCCAGUUCAGAGACCUUAGCCAGAAUUCCGACACCGGACCUAGCCAGUACUCGUCCCAGAUUCUGUACCUCAACGUGCUGUCCAAUAACUCCCAGUAUUUGAAUCCCAACAGCCCUGGAAACCAGUCUCUGCACUCACUUUAUUCUGACUACUCAUCCAACCCAGCGUCUCCAUACUUUGAUGCGUUGUCCAACAUAUCACAAAACCAUGGUAAUUCACCCGGACUUUUACCCCAGCAGCCGGGAGUCUCGCUUGCAGCAGACACCACGUACCUUGAUACCGCCAAUUUUGAUCAUGAAAUCGCCUUAGGGGGCUCCAUUUCCAGUGUCAAUUUGGCGGGCAUGGGCUCCAGAUAUGCCGUGCCGGUGGCUCCUCCACAGGCCCUUUCAAACUUUGACCACGGUGCCCAGAUUGACUUGGAUUCAAAUCAGUACGAUCAAAUAAACCAACUUGUACAACUGCAAUUGGCCACUAUUAGCCCCCAGCCAUCUUCUGGUAUCACCAACAAUCUGUUUUACGACUCCCACCAACUCGAAGAAAUCAACAAAAUCAAUGGCAACUUCAAUCCCCCUCCCACCAUUGUUUAUCCAAACGACUACAUCAAACAAGAACCUGAUAAUGAAGGCAGCAUUGGACUACAUCGGACUCCUUCGUUGUUUUCCAACUCCUCCCACAAUUCGUCUGCCCACAAUGAGACGCUGAAUGACUACGAUCAAAUGACCGAUGGCAAUCUUCUAGCACCUGGUGAAACCAAACGAAGCCGAAGUCGUAGCCGAAGUCGUAAUAAGUCCGUUAGUAGUCGGUCAAGUCAUAGUAGAUCGGGGUCUGGUUCAUUCACCGAUGAAGACGAAGAUGAUGAAGACGAAGAAGACGGCCAGCCUCGCAAUGUAAUCUCCACCAGAGAAAAAAUGCUCGAGUUGGCAUCCCCCAACCAGAUCUCUAAAAGAACCCAAAAGCACCCCAGUGCUUAUGCCUGUCAUUUGUGUGACAAGCGGUUCACCAGACCUUACAACUUGAAGUCUCACUUACGGACCCAUACCGAUGAAAGACCGUUCAUUUGCAAUAUGUGUGGGAAGGCCUUUGCCAGACAACAUGAUAGAAAACGUCAUGAAGACUUACACUCUGGUGAGAAACGGUUCCAGUGCAAGGGCGUAUUGAAAGACGGCACCCCGUACGGGUGUGGCCGACGGUUUGCCCGUGCUGACGCUUUACGCCGACACUUUCAAACCGAGGCUGGGAAGAUAUGUAUCAAGUCGUUGAUAGAGGAGGAAGAAAAGGACGGUAUUAGAAGAGAUGAUGCUCUACCAAGCUCGAGUGAGUCUAUGUUUUUAAGUCCCGGAUUGUCGGUGCCACAAGUGGCCAUUCUGCCACCCGAGCCUUAGACAACACAUCCUACUUGAUGAUUCCAUGUUCCUGUAUUUUUAUUGUAUAUGUACCGAAUAUAAUAUUUCAGCUCU